AUGUUUUGGUCGGUACUUUUUCCAAUAUAUGUUGUCGUUCUCCUCUUAUGCUUCAAUUUGGAAAGUCCUGGGUUGCUUGGUUUAGCAGCCUCUGAAGGUGGUGGAAAUGUGAAGGAUCAACAAGCUUUGCUUGAGUUCAAGGCCAAGAUCUCCAACAAUCAACUCGGCAUUUUGCGGUUGUGGAACAAUACCGUCUACUACUGCCAGUGGUAUGGUGUUAGUUGCGGUAGUCGACGUCAGAGAGUCACCCAGUUGGUCCUGGAAUCCCAACAUCUAACGGGAUCCAUAUCACCAUCUAUUGGAAACUUUAGCUUUCUGAAGGUGUUAAACCUUAAAAAUAAUAGUUUCAUUCAUGAAAUUCCUCAAGAAAUUGGUCGUUUACGUAGAUUGAGAAUAUAUCAUCUAGCCGCAAACUCAAUUGGUGGUGAAAUCCCCAGAAACAAGUGGGAGAAUCUCACCUUUGUUAGGGAACGUAUCAUCUUUGGUGAAACUUUCUCUACUUUCAAAAAACUCGUUGGAGUGAUCCCUGAAACUCUUGGCCAACUGAAAAGGCUCACAUUUUUUUCUGUGGGGCUUAACAAUUUUUCGGGUACUGUUCCUUCCUCCUUUUGUAAUUUGUCUAAUAUCAGAACUUUUGAUAUUGGCGAUAAUUAUCUUGAAGGAAGCAGAGGAGCAAAUGACUUGAACUUUCCCUGCUCUUUGACUAAUGCAAGAAUGCUACGGAGAUUGAGUAUCAAUGAAAACAAUUUCGGAGGGUCAACACCUGAGUGCAUAGGCAAUUUGUCGACUGAUCUCUUACAUUUGAAUCUCGAUGUCAAUGAAAUAUCAAGAACAAUUCCAGCCACUAUUGGAAAUCUUAUCAACUUGGAGCCGCUUACUAUAUGGAACAAUCAAUUGUCCCGUGCCAUUCCUUCUGUUAUUGGGAGGCUUCAACAGCUACAGGAAUUUAAGGCCCAAAACAAUUCUCUCUCCGAAGGUAUUCCAUCUUCUUUUGGAGAUCUAAAAAUGUUGAUUAGCCUAAAUUUAAGUCACAACAAUCUUCAAGGCAGUAUUCCUUCAAGCCUUGUGGUUCCAUACCUCCCCAAGUAG